GCAGGUUUGUGUUGUAAAACAGGAAACGGUGAGAGGCGUUAGCAGCAGUUAGCCUGUUGGCUACCAGCAGUGUGUACAGAAACGAAUACAGAGCAUAGCGUUUGUCUGAAGUGGGGGGAAAAGAGCAUCGUCUACCCAGUUGAUUGGUUUCAUCGGUGGGACCGACAUGUCAGAGACGUACGAUUUCCUGUUUAAGUUCCUGGUGAUUGGCAGCGCUGGGACUGGGAAAUCAUGCCUCCUUCACCAGUUCAUAGAAAACAAGUUCAAACAGGACUCAAACCACACCAUCGGCGUUGAGUUCGGCUCCAGGGUUGUCAACGUCGGCGGCAAAACGGUCAAACUGCAGAUCUGGGACACGGCCGGGCAGGAACGCUUUAGAUCGGUGACCCGCAGUUACUACCGUGGAGCGGCGGGGGCUCUUCUCGUGUAUGACAUCACAAGCCGGGAGACCUACAAUGCUCUGACUAAUUGGCUGACAGAUGCACGGACACUGGCCAGCCCCAACAUCGUCAUAAUCUUGUGCGGGAAUAAGAAGGAUCUGGAUGCGGACCGUGAGGUCACCUUCCUAGAGGCGUCUCGUUUUGCCCAGGAGAACGAGCUGAUGUUUUUGGAGACGAGUGCUUUAACUGGGGAGAACGUAGAGGAAGCCUUUCUGAAAUGUGCUCGUACCAUCCUCAAUAAGAUUGAGUCGGGUGAGUUGGAUCCGGAGCGGAUGGGUUCUGGGAUCCAGUAUGGAGACGCAUCCCUGCGGCAGCUCAGACAGCCCCGGGGCUCUGCUGCACAGGCCAAGCAGCAGUGUAACUGUUAGGGGCCUGGACUCCCUGAACGCUACCAGACAUCAGACCGUACACACACAACCUCCCCCUCAGCUCCGGGUGUCUCUGGGUAUGCACACCCCUUACCCCUCUCCCCGAAUGUGACCCUUCCACACCCAGACACAUCUGGAUCAUUUCUUAUGAUGAAGUCCAUCUGCAAACUUUGACCUCUGACCUCAGAAAGCUGUUCACCUAGGACAGAUCUCCCUGACUGCUCUGCGCUGGGCUGGGAGACCCCUAGCGAGGGCCACGGGCAGUAAGAGGUGAUUCAACACCCGACUGAGAGACUGUGCGUGGUUUUAACUUCUCCUGUGAUUCUUACACACACCGUUUCUUCUUAUAAAGUAAGCAGCCAUCAUCUAGUCUUCUCUAGACUGGGAUAAACCAUUUAACAACAGCGCUAGAUUAAACAUUCCUAGAUCUUGUAUCAUUUUAUACAUUGUGACAUAUCAGAUCUUUGUUCGUGUUAAACUAAACUAUUUUUUUAUUAUUUUUUUUUGGACAUUCCCAAAAAUGUCAAAUAAGCAUAUUAGUGGUCUGUGCAGGUUAUGCAUUUUUUUUUACCUGCUAAAAUAUGACCAGAAAGCCAAACAUUGAUCUUAUGAGAGAACGCAUAGCUCUUAAAACCCAUAUAUGCUGUUGCAUUGGUUGUGCGUUUAAAGAGCUUCUAAAAGCACAAAAAAGGAGGGGAAGGAAAAAAAAAUAAACAUCCAUUCAGAUCUUGUCAUUGGGUUGGCGCUAUCUGGUGCAUAACAGAUGUUUCCCGCCAUCUCAGUCUGGCUUGGGUUAGAGGUUAUCAUCUAACUUAACCUCUCCGUUCUUUCUGCACAGACCUCCUACCUUCAGAUUCAUUUAAAUUAAAGACAACAAAUCCUCUUCAUUUUGGUGUUAUAUGCACUUUUGCACUUGUCUGAAAGACAUACAGAUAUUAGAGCUGUCAAACGAUUAAUUGCGGUGCAAAAUAAAUCAAUUUAUGUUGACAUAA